GGGCCGAGUACGGCAACCGGGAGAGACAAACAGUCUUCUCUGUUUGGAGUUUGGUUUCCACGUUAGUGUAUUGGAGGCGUCCGGGUGUACCGGUUUGCGAACGUGAAGUUGGCUGGAACAUGUCGGCCUUUGAGAAACCUCAGAUUAUCGCCCAUAUCCAGAAGGGCCUCAACUACACGGUGUUUGAUUGUAAGUGGGUGCCGUGCAGCGCGAAAUUCGUCACCAUGGGCAACUUUGCGCGGGGCACCGGCGUCAUUCAGCUGUACGAGAUCCAGCAAGGGGACCUCAAGCUGCUCCGGGAGAUUGAAAAGGCCAAACCCAUUAAGUGUGGAACAUUUGGUGCAACGUCUUUACAGCAGAGAUAUUUAGCUACUGGAGAUUUUGAUGGAAACCUUCAUAUAUGGAAUUUGGAAGCUCCAGAAAUCCCAGUAUAUUCUGUAAAGGGCCAUAAAGAAAUUAUAAAUACUAUAGAUGGUGUGGGUGGACUUGGAAUUGGGGAAGGAGCACCUGAAAUUGUGACUGGCAGCCGAGAUGGAACUGUGAAAGUGUGGGACCCAAGGCAAAAAGAUGAUCCUGUUGCUAAUAUGGAACCUAUACAAGGAGAAAACAGGAGAGACUGUUGGACCGUGGCAUUUGGCAAUGCUUAUAAUCAAGAGGAACGUGUUGUUUGUGCUGGCUAUGACAACGGGGAUAUCAAGCUGUUUGAUCUAAAAAAUAUGUCAUUGCGGUGGGAGACAAACAUAAAAAAUGGGGUGUGUAGCUUGGAGUUUGACAGAAAAGACAUCAGUAUGAAUAAAUUAGUAGCUACAUCUCUGGAAGGAAAAUUUCAUGUUUUUGACAUGAGAACACAGCACCCAACCAAAGGUUUUGCCUCAGUUUCAGAAAAGGCUCAUAAAUCUACUGUGUGGCAGGUCCGACACCUGCCCCAGAACAGGGAGCUCUUUCUGACAGCUGGGGGCGCCGGCAGCGUUCAUCUCUGGAAGUAUGAAUACCCCGCUCAGCGAUCCAAGAAAGAUUCUGAAGGAGUAGAGAUGGGAGUUGCAGGUUCUGUCAGCCUUCUGCAGAAUGUUACAUUGUCCACCCAGCCCAUUUCAAGCUUAGACUGGAGUCCAGAUAAAAGGGGCCUCUGUAUCUGUAGUUCAUUUGAUCAAAUGGUAAGAGUACUGAUUAUUACAAAACUCCAUAAAAUUUGAACUGAAAAUUUUGGACUUAAAACCUUCCAGAGUAAACAGUCAGAAUUUAGACCAUGUUCUAGGAUCCUCUGACCCUCGUUGAACAAAGUUGAAUAUAACUGAUAGAAAAAAGGCCUCAAUGCAAACUUCUGGACUGAUUUCUCUCUGGGUGGGAAAGCCAAGCUCCAUGUUUCUGUGACCUCAUUGAAUACAGGCUUGCUGCUGCGCAUGGGGCAUCGCCAUUUCCCAGCCCUGCUCUGUUCCUCUCCUGCUGUUUCUAAUGAGAAGGUGAUACUUGUCUCUAUCAUAUAUCAAGUUUGUUUGGCAUCCCCAGGUUUCAUACUUAUCAUCAUACUUGUGUUACAUUUCAGUGUUUACACUGCUGAAGUAGGUGUCAUUUAGUUUGGUUUUAAAUGAUUUGCCAUGGUAAAACCACUGUGAAUUAACCUUCAUAAAUAUAUUUUGAGAGAUUUCCAUGUCAGUAAGUUUCUUCUAAAAGCAUUACUUUGUAAAAUAACAGAAUGACAUGGUCUGACUAGAUUUGGGUAACAGUUAUUAGCAGUUUAAUUCAUUCAUAAAUUGAAAUACUCUGACUUAAAAAGACCUCUUUUUUACUUAAAAAAACAAACCAGGAUUUGCACUAGUGAGACUUUUGGUUGUUGGCUGUGUUUAAGUGAUACUGAGAUGUACAAGAUUGUAGGGGGGGGUGGUGGUUUGUAGUUUGUUUUUUUUUUUCCAAAUAUUUUUAUAUGUUUUA